GAGAGAGGCUUGGCAAGGCGUGUGAGUGAGUGAGUGAGCGAGCGAGCAUGUGUUUGUGUAUGUGCGCGGAUCGCAGAGGAAAAGCCCCCGUGAGGGCUGGCGGAGGCUGAUUUGUGUGUGGCUGGCUGUAGCUGCGGCAGGCACAGGCGCGUACGGGGGGAUUUUUUAGCCUUUCACAUGUUCACAGAGGAAUAUGGGUGUCUGUCUCCUCGCCAGUCCAGAGUACCGUGUGUCUGCUGGCCCUUUCUGCUCGGAGAAUAUGACAGACACCUAGCGCACGGCAAAGGCAUGGCAACGGCGUACUUGGACCCCAACCUGAACCACGCCCUGGGCGGGGGGGCCAAGUCGCGCCUCAGCACAGGGACGGAGCGGGCCCCUGGAGCCUCAGACCGGGUCCUCAAAGUCUUCCAUCACUUCGAAAGCAACAAUGAGCACAGCACAUGGUCCAGCAACAUCCGUCAUGGAGAUGCCACCGACGUUAGGGGGAUCAUUCAGAAGAUUGUGGACAUCCACAAGGUGAAAUGUGUGGCGUGUUUCGGCCUGCGACUCAGCCACGUCCAGUCAGGGGAGGUCCACUGGCUCCACCCCGAUAUGGGCGUGUCCCACGUGAGGGAGAAAUACGAGCAGAACCGACCACAGGAUGAGUGGAGGUAUGAACUGCGGAUCCGCUACCUGCCAAAGGGCUUCCUGAACCAGUUUACUGAAGACAAGCCGACGCUGAAUUACUUCUACCAGCAGGUGAAGAAUGACUACAUGUUAGAAAUAGCUGAUCAGGUCGAGCAGGACAUCGCGCUGAAGCUGGGAUGCCUUGAGAUAAGGAGGUUCUUCAGAGAAAUGAGAGGAAAUGCUUUGGACAAGAAAUCCAACUAUGAGCUCUUAGAAAAAGAUGUCGGGCUCCGAAGGUUCUUUCCCAAGAGUCUGCUGGAUUCCGUGAAGGCUAAAACCUUGCGGAAGCAGAUCCAGCAGACGUUCAAGCAGUUUGCCAACAUGAACGACGAGCAGAGUAUCCUCAAGUUCUUCGAGAUCCUCGCGCCUGUGUACAGAUUCGACAAGGAGUGCUUUAAGUGUGCUCUUGGGUCGAGUUGGGUCAUCUCAGUGGAGCUGGCUAUCGGCCCUGAGGAAGGCAUCAGCUACCUGACAGAUAAAGGCUCAACGCCCACACAUCUGGCCAACUUCACACAGGUUCAGAGCAUCCAGUACUCCUGUAUGGAAGAUCGUGACAGGAAGGGUAUGCUUCAACUGGACGUGGCUGGAGCGGCCGAGCCUCUCACGGUCACCACACCGUCUUUCGCCACCGCUGAGAACAUGGCUGACCUGAUUGACGGCUAUUGUCGGCUGGUGAACGGAGUCGUCCAGUCCUUCAUCGUAAGACCACAGAAAGAGGGAGAGAGAGCGCUUCCAUCUAUCCCAAAGCUUGGCAACAGUGAAAAGAGGUUAGAGGCUGUCCGAACAGGAGUGCGCGCCAUAUCUGUAUCAGACUCAGCGACUCCGACGCCACCCAAAGCCGCUAAAGCCCGCCGCUUCCUCCUCCCUUUUGUCUUCUGUUCCCAUGACUCUCCACCUAUGGAAGAUGUUAGUGGGGAUGAGACGGACGACUAUGCGGAGAUCAUAGAUGAGGAGGAUACCUACACCAUGCCCUCCACCGAGUGCUAUGGAUUAGACGAAGCUAGGGAUUAUGAGAUCCAGCGUGAGCGGAUCGAGCUAGGCCGCUGCAUCGGAGAAGGUCAGUUUGGAGACGUCCAUCAGGGGAUCUACGCCAGCCCAGAGAAUCCCGCUCUAUCCGUGGCCAUUAAAACAUGCAAGAAUUGCACCUCAGACAGUGUGCGGGAGAAGUUCCUGCAGGAAGCUUUGACGAUGCGGCAGUUUGACCAUCCUCACAUUGUGAAGCUGAUUGGUGUAAUCACAGAGAACCCAGUCUGGAUCAUCAUGGAGCUCUGCACAUUGGGCGAGUUGAGGUCGUUCUUACAAGUAAGAAAAUACAACCUGGACCUGGCAUCACUGAUUCUGUUUGCCUACCAGUUGAGCACAGCCUUGGCGUACCUGGAGAGCAAGAGAUUUGUGCACAGGGACAUUGCUGCCAGGAAUGUCUUAGUGUCUUCCACAGACUGUGUGAAACUUGGAGACUUUGGACUCUCCAGGUACAUGGAGGACAGCUCCUAUUACAAAGCCUCCAAAGGGAAACUGCCAAUCAAAUGGAUGGCACCAGAAUCCAUAAACUUCCGUCGCUUUACCUCAGCCAGUGAUGUGUGGAUGUUUGGUGUGUGCAUGUGGGAGAUCUUGAUGUAUGGCAUUAAGCCCUUCCAGGGCGUGAAGAACAACGACGUUAUUGGGCGGAUAGAGAAUGGCGAGCGCUUGGCUAUGCCCCACAACUGUCCUCCCACUCUCUACAGCCUGAUGACCAAGUGCUGGGCGUAUGACCCCAGCAAGAGACCCCGCUUUACUGAACUCAAGACCCAACUCAGCACUAUUCUGGAGGAGGAGAAGGCUCAGCAGGAGGAAAGGUUGCGUAUGGAGAUGAGACGUCAGGUCACCGUGUCCUGGGACUCAGGUGGAUCAGACGAGGCUCCCCCUAAACCCAGCCGGCCCGGUUACCCCAGUCCUCGAUCCAGUGAAGGCUACUUCCCCAGCCCUCAGCACGCAGGCCAGCAUAACCAUUACCAGGUUUCUGGUUUCCCCGGCUCUCACGGCAUGCCCUCUAUGCCCGGUGGAGGAUACCCAGCCCAGGCUUCUGUUCUAGACCCGCACGAGACCUGGAACCACCACAGACAGGACGUGCCCAUGUGGUCUCCUAACAUGGAGGACGGGGGCGCUCUGGACAUGCGAGCACUGGGACAGGGGCUGCCGGCCCAUCUGAUGGAGGAGAGGCUGAUGAUGCAGCAGCAGCAGAUGGAGGAGGACCAGCGCUGGCUGGAACAGGAGGAGAGCUUUCUGAAGCUGGAGUCCAGGAACUCAAGGGGCAGCAUUGACCGAGAGGACGGAGCUCUCCAGGGGCCGACGGGAAACCAGCACAUAUACCAGCCCGUGGGCAAAGCAGAACUUGUAGCUCCACCCAAGAAGCCCCCUCGUCCAGGAGCCCCCAGCCACCUGGGCAGCCUGGCCAGCAUUAAUCCGGUGGACAGCUACAAUGAGGGCGUUAAGAUCCAACCUCAAGAGAUCAGUCCGCCACCCACGGCCAACCUCGACCGCUCCAAUGAUAAAGUGUAUGAAAACGUGACUGGAUUGGUGAAGGCAGUCAUUGAGAUGUCCAGUAAGAUCCAGCCUGCUCCCCCAGAGGAGUAUGUGCCCAUGGUGAAGGAGGUGGGAUUGGCUUUGAGAACACUGCUAGCCACAGUGGACGAGACCAUACCUGUCUUACCAGCUAGCACACACAGAGAGAUCGAGAUGGCCCAGAAGCUGUUGAACUCGGACCUGGCUGAACUCAUCAACAAGAUGAAGCUGGCGCAGCAGUACGUGCUGACCAGCCUGCAGCAGGACUACAAGAAGCAGAUGCUGACCGCCGCGCACGCGCUCGCCGUGGACGCCAAGAACCUGCUGGACGUCAUCGACCAGGCACGGCUGAAGAUGAGCGUGCAGUCCCGGCCGCACUAGUUCCUCCGGAGAGCGCCGGACGCUACAGCGCAGGAGAGGAGAGGAGGGACAUCCACUGCUGGACAAUAGGCUGCCCUCAUAUAGGCCUACAGGAUCACACAGCCCCAGUGGCCCCGCCUCGCUUAGAACUCUCACCACUAUGAAGAAUCACACCUCUAAAGCCUGACUCACUACAAGAAUAUGAAUUAAACCCCUUUUUUAUAGAGACGUCACUCCAUACAGUGGACUUUUGGAGUCGAGUUUGUUUUAUGGUCUUGUUUGUGCUGGUUGUCUUGUUUUUAUUAUUAUUAAUUUUUUUUUUUAAUCCAGAGAUGAAGUUCAGCUCCAGGCCCGAGGCUCCAAUUUAGGCUGGAAAAUCCUGCAACUGGAACCCACACUGAGCUAUUGCAAUGCCUGGAACCAUCUUCGCUAACCCAAAGGUUUAUUAUGAUUAUUAUUACUGUUAUUGAGACAAACAUACUUCCUCUUGCGAACUGUACUAUAGCAGAUAUGCUCCUACCAAUAUCCUGGAUUCUAUACAUAUUGAGGGCUCACACUGUUCUUCUCCAUCGUCCUCUGGCAUUCACUCAGGGGGCACCUCGAGACACAAUGCAUUUCUCCUGAGCGUAACACGACAUGCUGUUUUAAGUAUAAUACUCCACAUACAAAGGCAUAUAUUUUUAAAGAAUCACAACUACUAUGAAAUUAUUAGGCUAAAAAGGGUGUAUCUACGUUAAGGGGACAUCAGUGGGUAGCAAUGUGCCGUCAGGGACUGUUAGCAAUUCAGUAAGUGUCUCCUAAAGCUACUCAUAUCAGUCAGUAAAAGCACAGUUCUAGUAGCUCCAGGCCUUCUUACCCAUUGCGUUCUCGAAGAGAAGUAUGUCGGUGUAUGUAGACGCUGGUCCACAUUACCACGAAUCGUUUUAUUUUUAUUUCUUUUCCUUGACACUGAUGUCUUUUUGAGUUUGUCCCUGCUCACCCCUGUGUACAGUACAAUCUAUAAAUAAAUCCACGUUGUCACUGAUAAAUUAUUCUCAGGAAGAACUGACUGUACAGAACCUUUAACUAAUAAAACGUGUUACUCUUGUA